UGACUGAAGUUACUCCUAUUUCUUCUAUCACACCAAUUGCAUUUUGCCAUGGAUUUGCUCACAAUCGGCGUUGGAUUAUUAUUUGGCCUAAUUUUAUUCCAUGGCUUCCAAACAGUGAGGCUGAGAGGCAAAAACUUCCCACCGGGGCCGCGGCCGCUACCAUUCAUCGGAAACCUCCACCUGCUGGGGCCACACCCCCACAAAUCCCUGGCUCGCCUGGCCAACAUCUACGGCCCCCUCAUGCGCCUCCGCCUCGGCUCCAAAAACACCAUCGUCGUCUCCUCAGCCGACAUCGCCAAACAAGUCCUGCAGAAGCACGACCUGGCCUUCUCCAGCAGGAGCAUCCCGGACGCCCUCCACGCCCACGACCACUUCAAGUACUCCGUCGUCUGGCUUCCCGUCUCCUCGCGGUGGCGCAGUCUCCGCAAAGCCAUGACCUCUAAUCUCUUCUCCCCAAGCCGCCUCGACGCCAACCAACACCUCAGGACAAGGAAGGUGGAUGAGCUCAUAGCCUACUGUCGGACGGCGGAUGCUGUGGAUGUCGGCCGCGCCGCCUUUCAAACUGCCCUCAACGCGCUGUCCAACACCAUUUUCUCCGUGGAUUUGGCCGACCCCAUCUCUGAUUCUGCUAGAGAAUUCAAGGAAGUGAUAUCCAACAUCAUGGAGGUAGCCGGGAAGCCCAACCCGGUCGAUUUCUUUCCUUUUCUAACAAUAUUUGAUCCCCUAGGGAUACGACGUCGUUUGAGUGUCUAUUUUGGGAGAGUGAUCGACAUUUUCAGUAGCUUGAUCGAUGAAAGGUUGGAGAAACGGAAAGAAGAGAUGUAUGAUGUGAUCGACAUCCUCCUCAGCAUGCCCCAAGAGAUUGACCGGACUCAUGUCGAACAUUUGUGUCUGGACCUGUUUGCUGCUGGAACAGACACCACUUCCAACACAGUGGAAUGGGCCAUGGCGGAGGUGUUAAAGAAUCCAGAGACGAUGAAAAGAGCAAAAGCUGAGCUGGAGGAGGUGAUUGGAAAAGGAAAAAUGGUACGCGAGGGUGAUAUAUCACACCUUCCGUUCCUACAGUGCAUUGUGAAGGAGGCGCUGAGGCUACACCCACCGGUCCCCUUCCUGAUCCCGCGCAAAGUGGAAGAGGACGUGGAGGUCUCAGGCCACACAGUGCCUAAGGGCUCACAAGUGUUUGUGAACCUGUGGGCCAUAGGGAGGGAUCCCAAGGUUUGGGAGAAACCUUUGGACUUCAAUCCCCUCCGUUUUCUAAACUCGGAGAUGGAUGUGAAGGGCAAGGAUUUUGAGCUGAUCCCGUUCGGGGCGGGCAGGAGAAUCUGCCCGGGGCUGACCCUUGCCAUGAGAAUGGUGCCCGUGAUGUUGGGAUCACUGCUGAAUACGUUUGAUUGGAAAGUGGAAGGUGGGAAAUUGGAGAUGGAUGACAAAUUUGGAAUUACAUUGGUUAAAGCUCAUCCGUUGAGAGCUGUCCCCAUCCCUGUCUAAUUAUAGUCCCACAUGCAUAAUGCAUUGGCUAUGGGUUUCUACUUUCUAGUUUCUACAAUACCAUAUCAAUUAGUAGUAACUUAUUUGGUAAAUAAAUUAUUAAACUUUGAAUAAAUUGUAUAUGCCAAUAGAUCAUUUUGAUGAAAUCUACUUUAUUUUAACUUGCUA